AUGAAGUGGAGCGUUUUGAGCGUGCUGGGCUCGUGUGUGCUGGUAUCGGCCUCGUUGGAGCUCGAUAUCCGGCCGGUCGAGCCGGCGGAAGCCGACAGAAUCUCCCUGCAAAGACGCACCGUUGUGGGGGUCCAGGUGGACCGUCAGCAAGCCUACUACGAGGCGCAAAUCGCCCUGGGAAGCCCGCCGCAGAACCUCACCGUGCUGCUGGACACGGGCUCGUCCGACCUGUGGGUGCUCAGCAAGAACGUGUCCUGUUUGCCCAAGGGAUACCACGCAGCAGACUCGUGGAAGGGAGUCAACUGUUCCAACGGAGGAAUGUUUGACUCCGCCGCCUCGUCUUCGUUCAGGCUCAACGCGUCGGCAAACGCCGGCUACCAGCCUGGAAACAAGAAAACGUGGCCGUUUCAGAUUGCCUACGGCGACUCCUCGGCGGCAAACGGCCUGUGGGCCUCAGACACGAUCUCCAUCGGCGGCCAGAGCGUCGCGGAGUUUGAUUUUGGAUUCGCCCAGAACGCGAGCUCGGGUCUGGCUGUUCUGGGGAUCGGACCGGCCGGAAAUGAGGCCUCGACAGACGACACUCCGCCCUGGACGUACCAGAACCUGCCACACAAGCUCAAGAGCGCCGGAAUCACCUCGUCUACGGCCUACUCGCUGUGGCUGAACAAUCAGCACUCGACCAAGGGCUCAAUCAUGUUUGGAGGCUACGACCGGGCGAAAAUCCAGGGCGGAAAGCUCUUCACUCUGCCGCUGGUGCCCACAGUCGACAAGGAGAGCGUCACCGAGUUUGCUGUGCAGCUGGAGGCGGUAAGAGUAGACGGAAAGAACUACGGAGAACGAAGCAAUGUGGUUCUGGACUCGGGAACCACCAUGACCAUUCUACCCAAGGAACAGAUUGACCCCAUCAUCCAACUGACCGGAGCAAACUACUCACAGGAGGUCAGCAGCUACAUUUUCAACUGCUCGGACAGCCCGACCUCGGGCACCGUCGAUUUCGUCUUUAUGGACAAGUCUGCCAUCACCGUGCAGCUCACCGAUCUCAUCUCCGUGCUCAGCUACUCGGACGGCUCGCCAGACACGUAUGUUGACGGUACGCUGGUGUGUGUGGUCAAUGUGCAGGUGGCGGGAAAGAAGCAGCCCAGCAUUCUAGGCGCGUCGUUUCUGCGGUCCGCCUAUGUUGUCUACGACAUUGACAACGAGCAGAUCUCUCUGGGCAACGCCAAGUUCAACGUGACCGACUCGGACGUUGUUGAUCUGGGUCCUAUGGGUCUGGGCAACACGUCUCGAACCCGGGAACACAAGUCCGAGGCUGCCAAGGUCCCUUACGGCAGCUGGUGGAUGGCAGCGACUCUACUUCUUUUUGCAUUUUUGUAG